AUGGCUAUGAGUAUUGCGCGGGACAACUGCCUUUGGCAGGUCAAACCACCGGAUCUCAAGGAGAAGAGUCUCAACAAGCUGGUCAGCUACGCCAUCGCUGGACUCAGGACGUGCAAGCUUAGAUCUUCGAUUUGUCCUUGCCAGUACAAACACAUCGAGGCCCUGAACCUUACUUCUGAGGAAGACUAUGACGACCAUGACUGGACCCCUUCUGGAACUUCUCGUCCUGCGCGCUCAGAGCUUGUAAAGCAUCGAAGCAUUUGCAAGGAACUAUACCAAAUCUUGCAUGAAGAUGAUCUGCUUCGCAACCUAUACCUUACCUGGUCGAAUGAGGCUCUCAUCACCUCUCUCAAGCAACGCGGUAUCGCCUUGCCUCGCUCUCGAAACAAGUCCGAAUACGCCUUGGCUCUGCAGCGCGCCGACGCAACUCGCACUUUUGCAUUCAUGAACUUGCCUCAGGAAAUCCGUAUGAUGGUCUACGAAGCAGCCUUGAAUUCUGAUCCUGCGGAUGACCACGCCAACCUGGCACGUUCUAAGUGCUCAACGAGACCAGCUCUGCUCCAAACCUGCCGCCAGAUCCGCGAGGAGGGAAUCGCAAUUUUUUACCGAAUCAAUCGCUUUGUUCUGUUCUUCAGCAGUCAGGGACUCGAGAACAGAUCUACAUCCUGGUUGAAGACCUACGUGGACGCCGCCCAUUUUCAGCACUUGCGUCACAUUACUCUGGCUAUCUCACGCUGCUGUGGCUGUAUGACUUCGCUGAUCAAGAUCGAUCUGAGCUGUCGUGACCCGCUGAACUGGACCGAUGAGAUCAUUGAAUCUGAAUGGGUUGGCCGUCAUCACGUUUCCUGCAAAGAAGUGUAUCAGCCACUGGGAGAGAUCGCCUUCAUGCAAGAAAGAGCCUACCAUAAUGCAAAACCUUCCCAGAACGCUGAUUUGCUUGCUGCCAGCACUGAUGCCGCUCACAAAGCCAUCGGCAGGCUGUGGGAAGCAUGUGGACGGGGCCGCAAGAUGAGGCCUUCGCUUUCGGGUCUUUUGGAUUUCAUCAAGGCCGUGCAGGAGAUUGACAAGAGCUUGACAAGAGGAUUCCGGUGA